CCAAAGUCUUAUUCUUAAAAGAGUAAUCAUGUACUUAUACUCUUAAAUCAUUGUAUUUUCAACUCUUAAAAGAACCGGUAUUCGCACGGUGGUAGUCAAGCCGACAACCGGAGAAAAUUCAAGACGAUUCAGUCACUCAAAACUUCUCCCUUUCCGAUGAUGCUUCAGUUAGAAUCAUCGAUCGUUCGAAUUCACUAGAUAAAAACCCACAAUUGGGCCAACACCAGAAAACAUGAACGACGACAUAGAAGAACUCACCACAAUCGCCGCCGAACAACGCCGCGAGUUCACCGCCGCGGUAGCCGCCGAAUCCGACCUAGAACUAGCAUACCGUUUGCAACUCGAAGAAGCCAUGGCUGCAUCUCUAGCUGCUCAACCUUCAUCCUCCAAUUCAUCGUUACAAUCUCCACAACCACCGCCUCCGAUCUCGAUCAACGACGGUGGCGUAAACCUCCAAACCCUAACCCUAGACCUUGAGAAAUUCGAAACAGAAAUUAAAGACCAAAUUGUUAUUGCAACCGAGAUGAAGAAGCUGCAGGUGGAUCUCAACCGUAGAAUCCACGACCAGAAGCUUGCUCGCGAGAUUUCACAGAUGCCGGAGGAUCAGUGGCUAGAAGUCGGUGACAAUUUCGCGCGGCCGUACGGCGAGGGUUGCUCUUCGUCGAAGAGCGAAGAUGAUUUAGAAACAUUUAGGGUUUAUUUUAAGGGUUUGUUCAGUGAGGAGAGGGUUUGUGGUGCUAGUUGUUCGAAUUCGAACGGAACGGUUACAAUGGCGGGGAUCGGUGUGGCGGUAUGUGAUUCGAUGGAUGAGAUGAUUUUUGAGGUGAGGAAGCCUCUGGAUUUGCGUAAAGGUGAUCGGAUGAGUAGGCGGAGCCUGGAAGAGCAGUCGUUGAUUGAGGCGUUGAACGUUGCAGCUGCUUUGGAUCUCAAGAGAAUUAUGUUUUGUUGCGAUUAUUAUCCGCUUUAUAAUUAUGUUAGUGGGCGGUGGAAGCCAAAACAACAAAAGAUUGUAAAGUUUUUGGAUCAAGUGAAUCUCCUUCGGAAACGUUUCACAUACUGUGAGCCGUCUCUUAUUGCUAGUAAGGAUGUUAAAUUUGCGUUUAAGCUUGCACGAGAAGCAAUAAAUUCGCAGAUAAGCAAGGUGGUGUCAAGUCAAGAAAAGCUUGAAAAUUGUGUAAUAUGCUUAGACGAUAAAUCUAUAGACCAAUUCUUUCCAGUCGAAGGUUGUACACACCGAUACUGCUAUUCUUGUAUUAAGCAACAUGUAGAGGUGAAAUUGCUUCAUGGAGUGUUACCAAAAUGCCCUCAUGAAGGUUGCGGGAAUGAAUUGAAGAUAGAAAGUUGUGAGAAGUUCUUGACCCUGAAGUUUACUGAGAUGAUGAGACAGCGGUUGAAAGAAGAUUCAAUCCCGGUGACGGAAAAAUUUUAUUGCCCUUAUCCUAAAUGCUCCUCGUUGAUGUCAAAAACCGAAUCUUUUAGGCUUCCUAGAUCGGUUAAUGGAUAUGGAGCUAGAACAUGUUCCAAAUGUCAUGGUAAUUUCUGCGUUUAUUGCAGGGUUCCAUGGCAUGAAAAUCUGAGUUGUGUCGAGUACAAAAGAAGAAAUCCAACACCACUUGUGGAAGAAUCAAAGCUUAAAAAUCUGGCAGCAAGGAAUUUGUGGCGGCAGUGCAUAAAAUGCAAACAUAUGAUAGAAUUGGCAGCCGGUUGCUACCACAUGACAUGCAGGUGUGGAUAUGAAUUUUGCUACACGUGUGGAGCGGAGUGGAAGGACAAGAAGGCUACAUGCAAUUGUCCUAUUUGGGAUGAAGAAAAUAUUGUGGAUACUGAUGAAGAAGAAGAGGAUGAUGAUUUUGAGGAUGAGGAUGUUGAUGACGACGACGAUGACGACGAGGAGUAUGCUUCUGAGUCUGAUGAUGAGUAUUAUUUCUAAAGAUGUGUAAUUAUUUGAUAGCCUUUUAAAUUGACUCAUUGGUUCUAGGGAUGAUUGGUUUCACAUUUUUAUUUAUUCAAUGUCGCUCGAUAAUCAUGUCAAACGAAUAGCCUAAACAAAUGGUCAUUUUGUUUUUU